UAUUCAGAGCAGAGGGUUGGCGAAACUGAGGAUUAUAAAUACUUGAAAAAAAUAUUUUCAUGCAGAUACAUAUGUUUUUAUCAUAUUUUUCAAAUAUAAUUAUGAGAUUAGUUCAGUUUUAUCUUAAGGUCAAAUCAAGUCGAUUUCAAAAAUUUCAUUCCUCAAGUAUUGUUAGGUGAUACUGAUAAUCAUUCCAAUUUGAAACUUAAUUUUUAAUUAUGAAUAAUAAGAAAAUCGACUGUGCAUUGAUAAAAGAAGUUUUUAAGACUAUGAAAUAUCCAGAAAAAGUUGAUUCCGGAGACAUGGAUGAAUUCGUGAAACGUGAAUCAUUAGAGGAAAAAAAAAUGGUAUUAUCAUCCAUCAGCAAGUCUGAUAAAUGGAGUGAAAUGAGCAACGAAUAUAGAGCUAAUUCAAUGGGUAAAUUGGCAUCUGAAAUUGAAAUAGCGGUAGAUUCUUUUUCUGAAUUACAAAAAAGUAUUGACGAUGUUAGCACUGUUUUCUUGAAAGAAAAGGAACUUCCUUAUUUGGUGGAAACACUGAAAUAUUAUUCUAAUUUGUGCCAAUUAGUAAAAAUAGAGCAAAAAGGACUUGUAAUUUGUAAAGUGGGUCGUUCUAGUAAUCUUGCAGUAUUGGGAUAUGCUCUUGGUCCAGCAUUAGCUGCAGGAUUCAAAGUAUUAUUUGCCUGUGCUUCAGGAAUGAGACGUUUCAUUGAAUUCAUCAUAACUUUGUCAUUAAAGGCCGAUUUUCCUAAAGAAACCAUAUCUGUUAUUUCUGAUACUAUUAGUUGUUUUACAGAAAUAUACAAGCAUGCUUCAGUUAUUAAUGUAUUUGAUACUAUUGAUAAUCAGGAUUGUGAUAAAAUGCUUGGAAUAAUUCCUCAUACAACUCCAUUCUUAAUUUUUGAUAGUGCAGAUCUGGAUUCUGCCUGUGAAUCGGUGAUAAAUUCUACCUGGAAGAAUCAGCUUUUAUUCAAUUGUUUAGCUAAAGAGGUUUUUGUUCAAGAAACAAUUUAUGAAGAAUUUAUAAGUAAGCUGAAAGAAAAAAUGGAUUCACAAUCUUUCCCAUUAUCUGAUAAAGUGAAGAAAGAUGCUUCCCUCCAAGGUAUAACAAAUGAUGAGGACACAUAUGUUUCACAAAAUGGUCAUGUCUUAAUUUUUGGUGAACGAAUAACUACCCUAUGGUCCGGUUGUGUACCUAUGGUUUCUAUAUCAGCAUUCAGAAAUGUAGAUGAAGCAAUAGCAUUGGGUAAUAAUAAUUAUCAAGGUUUUGCAGCAUCAGUCUGGACAGAAAAUAUUGGAAUUGGGAAUUAUGUAGCAGAAAGAAUAGAUGUCGCCAAUGUUUGGAUCAAUUCAUUCGGUAUUUAUUACCCAGAAAUUUCUUUCUCUCCUCAGAAAUCGAGUGGAAAAGGCUACUUUGGAGGACUUCAGGGUUUCCAUGAACUACUUUUUUACAACAAGGAUAUUAUGAGUUUCACAGGGAAUAAAUUAUCAUAUGAAAAGAAGGAUUUGGAAGGAGCAAUAUCAUCUGCCAAAACUGCACAUCAAAAAUGGAAGUCCCUUCCAAAAUACUUAAAAAUAAAGCAGUUCGGUGUUCUAAUUAAAUUUAUCAACAAAAAUAAAAAUAAGUGGCUGAAGAAUGAAGAUGUUUCAGAAGAAUGGGUCGAUGAAUGGAAAUCCCUAUUUCAUCAAUAUAUCGAGUCUAACCCCUAUCCCUCUAUUUCAUCACCUAACAAAAACUACAGCUUGAAUGUUUCCUAUUCACCAAAAGGUGUUUUGGUUGCCGAAUUUACCAGAUACAUCGGUAAUCACAACAAGAGGUUGCUAAUUGCUAGUAUUUUGCAAGGCAAUAGUCUUAUAGUGUUGAACCAAUAUGAAAAAUUGCAACACUUUUACAAUGAAAUUUCCAAACUUUUACCUGCAGGUGUUCUCACAGUUCUCCCAUACAGCUAUGGGGCCAGUAGCGAAAUCGUCAAAAAUCGAAUGGUUGACUGUUACUUCAAUGAAUACAAAAUAGAUGAUGAUACUCUAGGUAUUACCCAUAAAUUUAUGUCGGUCAGUAAUUGUUGGUCUGAUGUUUACAACAAAAUUGUUAAUGUGAAAAAUAUAUGGUCUAAUGUUGGACAUGGCUAUCUUGUUUAAUUUUAUUGUUAUUAUAUAUUGUUAAUUUACAUAUAUUUGAAAUACAUUUAUUAUUUGAAUAAAAA